AUGGUCGAAUCAAUCACUAGCAAAUUAAGUUUACUACCAGACCCAUAUGGAGAUAGAAGCGCCAAGAGUAUCGAUCCACCCCCAAACAAACCCCUUGAAAAUUCCUAUCUUUAUCCCCUUUCAGGGGCUGACGCUACAAAACCCGACUGGAAACUCAUAAAGCAAUUCCUCCUGAGGGAAGGUUAACUCAGCAAAGCAUAGGUUGUAUUGCUCUCAAAGACUGCUAUGGAUAUUAUGAAAAAGGAGCCAAAUCUCUGCAGGAUUGGAGAACCUAUUGUAAUUGUGGGAGAUAUUCAUGGCCAGUACUAUGAUCUAUGCCACAUGCUUGACAAAGCUGGCCCUCCUUCAGACAUCAACUACUUGUUCCUGGGAGACUAUGUAGAUCGUGGUAUAUUUGGUCUCGAGUGCAUGAUUCUGCUUAUGGCCAUAAAGAUAAAUUACCCAAAGAAUGUUAUACUUCUUAGAGGCAAUCAUGAGAGUCGAAACAUGACUGAAAAUUUUACAUUCAGAGAGGAAGUCAUCAAUAGAUAUGAUAUAGACAUGUACAACAUCUUCAUGGAAGUCUUUGAUUCAAUGCCAAUCGCAUGCAUCGUUGAUAAUAAGUAUUUUGGUAUGCAUGGAGGUAUUUCUCCAGAUCUAGCUAAGGUUGAGCAACUGGAAAAAAUUAAUAGAUUUAUGGAAGUUCCCUUAGAUGGUAUUUUUUGUGAUUUACUCUGGUCUGAUCCACUAGGAGACGAGCUUGCAAACAAUAAAGACUUCAUUGACAAUGAAGAGAGAGAAUGCUCUUAUUUAUUCGGAAAGAAGCCAACUAAAAAGCUACUGGAUGCAAAUAAUUUGAUGACAAUUGUCAGAGGGCAUCAAGUUUAAAUUGAGGGAUAUAAAAUGCAUCGCUGGGACGGGCCAUAAUCGUUCCCAUAUGUUAUCACUAUCUUUUCAGCCCCUAACUAUUGUGGUUAUUACGAGAACAAAGCCUCAGUGCUCAUCAUUGACAAAGGCAACCUGUCACUAAAGCAAUACGAGGAGACUGAGCCACCCUACAGACUUCCAGACAACAUGGAUGUGUUCUCAUGGUCUGUUCCAUUUUUAGCGGAGAAAGUUACAAACAUGCUUUAUAACAUCAUUAAAAAAGGAGGAGAAGAUAUUGAUGAUGGCAUUGAUAUACAAUUCAUGAUAGGCAAGGAUGGUAUUACUUAAAAAAUGUAGAAAUAGCUUGCGAUGAGAGGAAAGAUUAGCAGUGUUGCAAGAAUGUCCAGGAUGUACACCACUCUUAGAGAGGAAAGCGAGAUGCUACUUAAGAUUAAAAAUAUCUGUCCAGACGGAAAAUUACCUAGAGGUAUUCUUCUAGAAGGAAAACCAGCAAUCAAAAACGGUAAAUUCUUUUACACUCAACUUAUAUAGUUCUAAAGCAGUUCUCUUUGGCAAAGGAAUUGGAUAAGGUAAACGAGAGAAGGCCAAAGAAGAAGUGAGAGGGCGAGAACUAAUGACAAUAGAUAGCGACUAUUAGGUUGA